GUCACAUGGAUCGUUUCCGGAGAGUGGUUGUGUUCUUGAACGCAUCCCCCGGUGUUCUCAGUCCCGGGUAAAUUGAUAGCGAUACAACGCCACGAGUUCUUUAGUAGUUAACUGUGAAUGUAUUUGUAAUAAUGAACAAGCAUUUCAAUACGCUCGUGUAGUUUUAACUCUAAUUCGCUGUAAAAAGACCGAGUGUUUUAAACUCCCAGCCGCUCCAGCAGCAGUUGGGAGCUCCCGAGCAAAGUGGCAGAAACAGGGGGGAUGUCGCGCGGUGAGCUGGAAAAGCUGGACCCGGCCGUAUUCCAGAAGCAGUUGCACAAUCUGAAAUUUAGCAUGGAAGAAGAAGAGGAUAGUAAUAUGUGCAUUGACACCGACUCAGACGAUAAGAAGGAUGUUACCACGUGUAAAGUAAAAUGGACUCAGGAAGAGGAUGAAAAUCUAAAAAUCCUGAUCAGCAACUUUGGGAAGAAAGAUUGGAAAAACAUAGCCAGUUUUUUACCGGGGCGGACAGAUUUCCAGUGUAUGCACCGCUGGAUAAAGCACCUGGAUCCUGAUUUAGUCAAGGGCUUCUGGUCCAGAGAGGAAGACGAAAAGAUAGCAGAGCUGGUGGGCAAGUACGGCACCAAACACUGGUCGUUGAUUGCAAGGCAACUGAAAGGACGGAUGGGCAAACAAUGUCGUGAGCGCUGGCACAACCAGCUCGACCCACUGCUCAAAAAGAGUUCCUGGACCAAUGAAGAAGACCUCAUCAUCUACAAAGCCCACUCCCUUCUGGGAAACCGGUGGGCUGAGAUUGCCAGGCUGCUCCCUGGAAGGACUGACAAUUCUGUGAAAAAUCACUGGAACUGUACCAUCAAGCGUAAAGCAGAGUUGGGCUUGUACAAAGAUGACGCUGACAGCAUUUCCCUUGAUAUUCAACAGUUUGUUGAAGGAGAGGUGGACUUCAAGUGUGACGUUGUAUUAGACACUGAACCAGUAACUCCUAAAGUGGUCAGGCCGGUGAAAGAAAAGAAGCCGGUAUCUCAAAAAGUCAAGCAGAAUACGGCCGCUUUGGUUCCUCAGACUUUAGCGUCCAUGAGUCCCUCCUUGCCCCACAGUUCGAGUUCCAGUCCCAGCUCUAGCUCCGGCGCUGCACCAGCAGCUGCGUUGAUAGACCAGAAAAAGUUUACAAACGCGGCACUGAGGAUGAUCGCUGAAGACAUGCUGCCUCUCAGUUUCGUUGAAGGCGCAGGCUUUAGGUCAUUUAUGAGUACCAUCAGUCCUGAAUGCAACAAGCUAUCCCAGCGUGUCAUGGGCCUACAGCUCUAUGAUGAAGUGGAGAGAAUCAUCAAACCUCAGCUCAUCCGUGACCUUAAAGCCUGCCUUGCUAAAACCAAAGAUGGAGAGAGUGCUAUUCAUGUCACGUUUGACCUCUGGGCAGGGAAUCAAUCCCAUCCAGUGGAGGAGCCCAUUGUCGUUGUGCAACUCCAUUUUGUCAGUGAUUCCUGGCAGAUACGCCAUCCUAUUGUAGCCUUCCGCCACCUCAGCCACCAAAACCUUAGCACAACGGUGGCCAGGGAGCUUGAAGGUGUGCUGCUAAGCUACGGCAUCUUUCCUCCCAGCAUCGGCUAUGUGCUCGUCAACCAAGCCAAAGAAGCCCUGGCUGUGAACAACUUGUUCUGCGACUACAAGAUCAUGUGCUCAUCCAACAGGGGAGAACCAGAUGGAGAAGAGAUGGUGGCAUUUCUCUCAGACCAGAUGUCUGAAACAGAGUCCCCCUUUUCAGAGCUACAGAUUGGGACUAGAACCACCUGUGUCGCUCACACACUGCAGCUUGUGAUUAAGGAGGCACUGAAGAACUCCAGGGUCGUGGAAAACCUGCUCUCGCAGGUCCAUAAUGUGGUGGCUUUUUUUAGGAGCAGUGCCUACUGGAGCGAGGUCUUGUUGAAGGAGUGCAACGUUUCCCUGUGCCCUUCCUCCAGUAACUGUCGCUGGAACUCCAUGAUGCUAUCUUUACGUCGUAUGGUGCAGGAGUCCGCCUGGAGUGCCAUCAUGACUCUCUUGGCUCAGGCCCGCAUAGAGGCUAACGACACAGCCAGUGCCCCGCCUCUGGUCAUGGCCAAAAGGGAGCAAGUGAUUGACAUCCUGGGUCUUCUUGAGCCCUUUGAGGAGGCCUUACAGGUCCUUCAAGGAAAUGGAGUGACCAUCUCUUUCAUCACACCAUCCCUUAUUGGCCUUGAUAAAACAUUGGAGAGCAUUGUCACCAACUACACCCACUUCAACAAGGCUCUGCGCACAGGCAUCCACACACAUUUCCAGUCCCUCAUUCAUCAGAAAGACAUGAUAUUAGCUGCUGUGCUCGACCCCAGGAUCAAACUUCAGCCGUUUCCUGAUGCCAAACUGGAGGACCAGACAGGUGUCCUAACACCCCUGUCAAAGUAUCAGGUUCGCACCAUCGUGGAAGCCACACUAGAAAGCAUGGAGGCCUUGGCAGCUCCCUCUGUAGAGGCAGAUAAAGACCAGACAAGCAAAGAGUUGAAAAAGGAGCAAGAUUGCAAAGAGGCGAGUCAAGACAACACAAAGAUGGAGGCAUCUGAUGACCGCUCAGAUGAAGACAACUCCGACAGAUUCAGGGAGAAUGAUCUCAAGCGCAAGUCCAUCUUUAACUUCCUGCAGCCACCUGCAAAGACCGUGAAGACAGCAGAGCUUGAUGUUUACCUAUCCGAACCACUGUGGGAAAGCAACACCAGUGUGUUGUACUGGAAAUCUGCGACUCGGUUCCCCCUGCUCCAGGGCAUUGCCAAGAAGCUGCUGGCAGUACCGGCCACCUCAGGGGGCUUCGACCGACUGUGUCCGUUGGCAGCGUGUAUUGUGAAAGCCAAGAGGAACCGCCUGCCUCCUCACUCCACAGAGAGACUGCUUCUAUACAAAAACUCUUUAAAGACAAAGACUGUUAAAAAGCCCAGUGGGGUCGCUAAACACUGAUUGGUAAAGUGACAAUUGGCUGUGGUUAUUGUCUCCCACCCACCAAACCUACACAUUUGCUUCUUCAUACAUCAUCUUAUGCUCCCACACCCAAUUGUCACCAUCCCUCUCAAUUAUAUUUCUUUGAACGUUGAAUUAGAAUAACUGAAUGCACUCUCAUUUCAACCUUUCAGUAGUAAAACAUCUUUAAAGUAUAUUGGAAAUAAGAGCAAUCUCAGAAAUGUCUCUUUAGUUGAAAUGACAAGAUACAGCACAAACUAUUGUCAUUUCUCUGGACGGUGGAUUGAGAGUGAAAGGCAGCUUCUCUGCCUCCUUCACACAAGUUAGCUCAACUGCAUUCCACAAACGAUGUUUAAUAAACAUUUGUUAUAUUUGAGUACAAUUCAACACUAUACAAUUGAAAUCCAGUCUGAAUUAAGAGGCCUUUAGAGCAUGCAUUCUCUGAAGGCCUUGUGCUGCCACUAACUUCUUACUCCUCGCUCCUUAUGCCACUGAAAUAAUUUGAAAGAUGCUUAAAUCUGCAAUAACAGUGCUGCACAGCUUUAACAUCAGCAUGUCUGUGCAGAAAUGUAAUAUUUAUUGCUGUACUCUUUGGAUGUUAAAUCCCAUUGCGAGUGCAUGACUAGGCUGUUCACUAUCUAAAUCCACAGGUUAAGUGACUAAUGGUUUCUAUGUUAUGUUUUCCUUUUAAUGUAUUUGUUUUCGUAUGGUCUACAGUAGAUAUACUGUGUAUUAGGUCACUUGGUAGUAAACUGAAUGAGAUACUGUCCCUUUCCACUUUAAAAUGUUUAUCUUUUUCUUUGGCAUUUAAAAAAAAAAAAAAAAAAAUGUUAUGGUCAGCGAUAAGAAGUUUUCUCAAGUGUCUUGAUGAUCAACUGUUUUUGCUCUUAACAGACUUGUAAUGUCUGAUUGGGUGGAUGGAAAAGGUCGGUCUGUUUCUUAUGUUGACAGGUAGACUUUUAAACAAACUAAAGUUCACAUUGAAUGACAGCUAACUGGUUUUAAUGCAGUGAUGAGGGUUCACUGGUGUGGAAAACUGUAAAGUGAACUUUACUCCUUUGGCCUCUCCACAUGGAAAUAUCCAGGGAAUGAAUUUGUAUUAAAGAGAAAAGCUAUUUUA